ACCGGAUGUACGUCAUUACAUGAUUGAGUACAUUGUUUUUACUUGGGAAUCUCGAGUGUCACAUUAGCUGUUACAGUAAGUAGACCAUGAGUUUGCCGGCAGCUCCACCAAGCUAUGCUGAAGCUACAGCAGGAGAUAAAGAACAAGGAGCUGGUAGCUUCACUUACGCCUCCCAGCCGCCCCCAAUGCCACCCCCAACCAUGCCCAUGCACCCCAGCUGGGCUUAUGUGCAUCCCGGGCCUAGUCCAGGAUAUUCCAAUGCGUAUGCUGCAGACAUGUCCUCACCCUUCUCUGACCCGAGCUCCAGCAGCAGCUUCGACGGCCUCAGUGGAAGCAACUGGGAGGACAAGAAUGUCCGCCGCAUGUUCAUCAGGAAGGUCUUCUGUAUCCUCAUGGUUCAGCUCAUGGUCACAUUUGGUGUGGUGUCACUCUUCACAUUUUGUGAGCCAGUCCGGAAGUUUGUACAGUACAAUCGAGUUUUCUAUCUGACCUCAUACAUGACUUUCAUGGGAACAUACCUGAUGCUUGUAUGCAGUACAAAUGCACGACGAAGAUACCCUACCAAUAUGAUCCUUCUAUCUAUCUUUACUUUGGCGAUGUCCUAUAUGGCAGGCAUGCUAGCCAGCUACCACAACACCAAAGUAGUAAUGAUGUGUGUGGGCAUCACAGCACUGGUGUGUCUGGCCAUCACGCUCUUCUGUUUCCAAUCCAGGGUUGACUUCACCACCUGUCAUGGAUUACUUUUCUCCCUCAUGAUGGUGCUGAUGAUCACUGGGCUUCUGCUGUUCUUCACCGCACCAUUUGGAUAUAUACCCUGGUUGCAUACUGCUUAUGCUGGAUUUGGUGCUCUGGUUUUCACUCUGUUCCUGGCAUUUGACAUGCAGCUGCUGAUCGGCAACAGGCGGUACUCUCUGAACCCAGAGGAGCAUGUGUUCGGAGCCAUCUGCCUCUACAUGGAUGUGGUCUACAUAUUCCUCUUUUUCCUUCAGCUCUUUGGGAGCCGUGAGUGAGGUGUUCAUGCUGUGCCCGGGGCUUUAGCCUUUGUCCUCUGUUACACACACACACACACACACACACACACACACACAUACACACAUGCACACCUUUCUCAGUUACUCCAAGGUUUGGUGAGGAGCGAACAGUCUUCCUUCAUUCUGUGUGGCGGUUUGAUGUGUGCUGUUGUUUUCCUUCUGGUCAUGGUUCGGCAGCUCUUUGCACACCUUGUAUGCACCCUCGCUGCAAGAUAACCAUGCUACCAAUCAGAUAUACACAUGCUGUUCAGGGUAGACAAUCACUGCACAUCAUUUUUGUGUUUUCACAUCAAGUGAUUUGAAAAACCCUAGGUCAUCUGCAUCAAAUCAUGUUUAGAAUUCCAGCAUACAAUAAUGAGAAAAAAAAUUCAGUGUGUGUUUGAGUGUGAUUUAGUGGGGAAUAUAGUGACAGUACUUACUUGUCAAUGGAUAUUAUCCCUUCGUUUGCACGUUGUAUAGUUGAAAUGAAUCUUAAACCUGACAGGCAGCUCUUUGCCGGCAAUCACUAAAUGUAUAACAGUCCUUUCAAUCUGAGUUUUGUCAAUCAGCAGCAUUGUGCAGUGAAAUAUACCAGAGCUACUAGAGAGGCUGUAUGUGACACUUUCGAUUGCUUUUUGUGCAAUAAUCUGCGCUCUUCACUGGGGACAGAUGAGCUGGAGCUUACAGGAACUUGUUGCGGUCAGUAAAUAUUUUGUGCCUCUGAAUGCUGGUUGAUAAUGAGGUUUCAGUGUUGUUGUAUGCAGCCAAUGCAGAUUUAUUAAAAAAAAUAAAAUACUGUGUGCCAAAUACUGCUCUGUCACGUGACGACAGCGGAGAUUUUAAAUGCGGCACUUGGUCCAACAGGUCAGUUGUGAGGUCUGCAAUAUGUGUCUACGAAUUGCCUCGUAAGCGUGUGAUGCUUGGGUGUUUUGCUCAUUUUCAAAACACUUGAUUGCUUUAUUUCUAAUUUUCUAAGUCACGUUUGAGCAAAGUGUUUUAGAUACUGAAUUAUCAGGUGCUGACUUUGAAAAGAGAUGACUUAUUACAUUCAGAAGAGACAAAAGAUGAUAUGUGUUUUAAUGAUUUGUUUCAAGCACAUAGGGCUUAUUUUCCAUGGGCUUUAAUAUACUUCUCUUGUCUCUUAACAACUUACAGGUGUAGAGAGUGUGUUGACAUUUUAAUUUGGGACAAUUCUGAAAACCUCAGUAGGUUUUUAGGUCACUUACUCACCUCUAUCGACAUUCCUCUUUGCUUGCAUUUUGAACUGUUUCUGUAAAUUAAACAUUCAUCUUUUUGAUGGAUUUGUGUUUUAUUUGUCAUAGUGGGUUAGGAGAGAUUUGGGUGGAAAGCCUCACAUACCCAUACACUUUAUUUCUUGAUUUAAGGCUAUGCUAACCUAUGAUAUUGUUGCUGAAAUGAAUGGCAGUUUAAAAAACAGAAUACAGUUGAAGUCAAAAGUUUACAUACACCUUGCAGAAUCUACAAAAUGUUAAUUAUUUGAUCAAAAUAAGAGGGAUCAUACAAAAUGCAUGUUAUUUUUUUUAUUUAGCACUGACCUGAAUAUGAUAUUUCACAUUAAAGAUAUUUACAUAAAGUCCACAAGAGAAAAUAAGAGUUGGAUUUAUAAAAAUGACCCUGUUCAAAAGUUUACAUACACUUGAUCGAAGGUUCAAAUGCUCACUGAUGCUCCAGAAGGAAAAACUAUGUUUUAAGAGCCAGGGGUGUAAACUUUUGAACAGAAAGAAGAUUUGUACAUUUUUCUUAUUUUGCCUAAAAAUCGUAUUUUUUUAAAUUUAGUACUUCCCGUCAGAAGCUACUUACAUGUUUCCAAGAAGACAAAAUAAGUUAAAUUUACCCUGAUCUUUAAUUUCUCCAUAGUUUUCACCCCCCGGCCCCUAAUGCAUUUUGUAUAUGAGUUCAUCAGUUGUCCUCAGUGUGAAAAGAUGGAUCUCAAAAUCAUAGUCAUUGUUGGAAAGGGUUCAAAUACCGAAAAAUGCUGAAAAAACCAAGAAUUUGUGGAACCUGAAGGAUUUUUCUGGAGAACAGCAGUCAGGUUAACUGUUCAGGACAAACAAGGGACUCAUGAACAACUAUCACUAAACAAACAAACAAAAAAAAAAACAGCUGUGGAUCAUUCAGUAUUAAGAAUCAAGCGUAUGUAAACUUUUGAACAGGGUUGUUUUUAUAAAUUCAACUAUUUUCUCUUGUGGACUAUAUGUAAACAUCUUUUAUGUGAAAUAUCUUAUUCAGGUCAGUAAUACAAAUACCAUGCAUUUUGUAUGAUCCCUCUUAUUUUGGUAAAAUAAUUAAAAUUUUGCAGAUUCUACAAGGUGUAUGUAAACUUUUGACUUUAACUCUGUAUUUUUUCAUAUGUACAUUUUAAACAUGCAACUUUUUCCUUUUAAGAUUAUGUAUAAAGGCUUUACAGACACUGAAAGCUUAAUAUGCUAGGUUUUGAAAGCUAUUUUUUUCAGAGGAAGGAUUUAAAUUUGAGGUGAUCUGUGUAAUUCUUUUGUGCAGUUCUUAUUGUUCAUGUGCAUAUUAAGUGUGAGUGUAUAUGGAUCACCCUAUGCCUUUCCUAUCUCUCUCUCUCUCUGUGCACUUCUGUGUCUACAAAUGAAUACGUUUAACCUAUAAUUACUGCAUGAUCUGUGGUACAGAGACCCACUGUGUGCUAAUUUAGAAUUGAAAAGCAUUCCCUCUUUUCCCUGUUAAAAUACUAAUGGCCAGUGGGUGAUAACAGGAUAUUGUGUUGUUUUGUAACCUCAUCUGUGCUUUAGUAAAAUAAAUAAACAGAACAGUGAAUAAUAAA